UUUAUUUACUUCCCCCAGACAUAAAAAGCACACACACUAAAGAACAAGAAAAACCCAACAGCCCCGCACUUUUCCCGAUGAAUCCGAAUUUCUGCCCCACAAGCUUGCCGCUUCAUUCUUCCCUCUGUUGCGAGACAACCCUUCUUCGCUUCCUGUGGGGUUUACCAGUAGAGAAUUUGGAGGAAAGAGGAGUGCUUGUGGAUGAAGACGAAGCUAUAUACUCUUUAGCUUUCCUAACCCUAAAAUUGGGAUUUUUACUAACGCUCACUCCACUUUUUGGGUCUUGGUCCUAUCUUUGUCUCUGCAUUGUCCUCAUAACCCAAGCUGGAAUGAGGAAGCAUGGGUGGCAGCUCCCAUACCAUCCUCUUCAGGUUGUCGCCAUAGCUGUUUUUCUGGCAUUGGGGUUUGCAUUUUAUGUUUUUUUUCUUCCUUUUGUUGGGAAGAAGGUGGUUGAGUACGUGGUGAUGGCGAUCUACACUCCUUUGGCUAUGUGCGUCUUCUGUUUAUAUAUUUGGUGUGCUGCGAUAAAUCCCGGUGACAUGGGGGUUUUCAAAUCUAGGAAAUAUCUUAAGGCAAAGGGCUAUAGAAAGGGUUCUAGAGAAGAAGGCUUGAUCAUUGAAGACCAUGGCCCGGAAACUGUGAAUAAGAUAUUGGAUGAUGACAUAAAGAUGGGUGCUAUGUGUGAAAACUCAUCUCAAAGAAUUGAGAAGUCUCCUGAACAGAAAACAAAUGAAGAUGGCAUGUUUUACUGUUGCCUUUGUGAAGUUGAGGUCAUGAAGCAUAGUAAACACUGUAGAGUUUGUGACAAAUGUGUUGACCACUUCGAUCAUCAUUGCAGGUGGCUUAAUAAUUGCAUUGGGAGAAAGAACUAUGGGAAGUUCUUUUUACUCAUGAUUUCAGCAAUUCUUUUGCUUAUUCUACAGUGGUCAAUUGGAGUAAUGGUGCUGAUUUUAUGUUUUCUUGAUCGGAAGCGAUACGCGAUGGACAUAAAGUCAAAAUUAGGAAGCAGUUUCUCCUUGGCGCCCUUCACUGUUGUGGUGGCUUCUUGCACCUUCCUAGCAAUGCUUGCCACUCUUCCACUUGCUCAACUUUUCUUCUUCCAUGUCCUUCUGAUAAAAAAGGGUAUCAGCACAUACGAGUACAUUGUAGCCUUGAGGGAGCAAGAACAAGGUGUUGGCCAGCAAAGCCCACAAAUGUCCUCUAUUAGCUCUCUUACUGGAUUCAGCAGUGCAAGUUCCUUUACUGCAUUUCAACGUGGUUCAUGGUGUACACCACCACGGCUAUUUCUAGAGGACGAGUCCGAUGUCAUUCCUCAAGAAAUUACCAUGGCAGUAAAUUCUGAUGGCAAGAAAAUAAUGCCACCAGAUGAAAAAGCUAGGAAAAGAAGUACAGGAAACAUCAAAAUUAGUCCUUGGACAUUGGCAAGAUUGAAUGCAGAAGAAGUUUCGAAAGCAGCCGCACAGGCCAGGAAGAAGUCCAAGAUUUUGCAGCCAAUUGUGAAACAAGUUCCAAAACUCGACAACCGAAGAAGAGCCAGCCUUAGAGGAAGCACUGGCGAUGAACUUGCCACAGAGUCUUCCAGCUGCUUAGCUCCACUGCAGCUUGAAGCUAGAAGUGCCUUUAGGCCAAACCGAGCAACUUCUACUGUUACACUUGCAUCCUCUCCAGAUAGCAGCUUGGACUCACCACAUCUUCAUCCCUUUCGAAUCUCUUCCUCAGGAGCUGAGGAUUCACAGGGGCCAAUACCAAUAUCUCUACCAUCCACUGGUGCAGGAGCAGAAAUAGAUAAAGGUGUGGAGUUCCUAAGAUCCACCAGUGAUGGGUACGAAGCUUCUGGAGGUGAAGACAGUGACAUGGUUCCAUCAAGAAUUGUGCACAGAUCAUUCAACUGGACAAGUGUAAUCUUCAAUUCGGAUCCGGUAGAGAGGCCUACGAGUGGACGAAUCGGCUGAACCGUCAUCCUUAAAGCUUUCUGUUUCAUUUGGCUAAGAAAGGCAUGCCUAUCCACCAUAGCUGCAAUGCCAAUCAGAAGUUGCUUUUUUGUUUUGUUUUUUUGGUUAGAACUCAACCCCACUGUUACUGUUUCUCUGAAUGAUAUCUAAUUGUCAUUUUAUUAUGGCUAGUGCAAUGUUUUGCAUUGAGUACAGACCAUUUUUUUGU